AACAGCACGUGCCAUUAGAAGAAGUCUUGUGCACCUCUUAAAAACAUCUAUGAUGGUGUCUGAUUCUGCAGCAGUUAAAAAAAGGUCUCUCUCUCUGCUGUUUCUUUGCCAAAUCAACUUCUCAUGUGUAAUCCAUCGGACAGCCUUUAAUUACAUCUGAUGUGAAGUCCUGGUCAAUACUUUCCAACAGGCCGUGCUAAAUAAAGAAAUCAAUAAACUGCCGGGCGUUCGAGAGAGUGGGACGAGAGGAGGAGGAGUCACUUUGCUCCUGUGAUGACAGUCCAGACACAAGUAGAGUUUUGAUAUUACACAUCUAAAUAUUUGUUUAGUUUUGGUUUUGAGGUUAAGUGUGAACUAUCAACAUCCAAACCCGUGACCUCUGAACCUGCAUGAUGAGUGCUGUUGAGAUACCGGCUGGUUUGAAAGAGCUGCUGCAGGGAUACACAGUGGAGGUGCUUCGCCGCAGGCCGCCAGACUUGGUUGAAUUUGCAUUGCAGCAUUUUACGCAAAUUCUGGAGAGCCAAAAAAAUGACCAAAGAGCCAAGAAACGCAGUGCCAGGCCGGCACGGAAAGGAGUGACCUUUGAAACAAAGUCAGAUAAGCCCAACAAGGAUGAAGAGGAGGAGGACGAAGAUGCUGAUCAGUCCACCACUAGUAAAUACAACCGCAGAGUUUCAGUUUGUGCAGAGGCUUACAACCCUGAUGAUGAUGAGGACGAUGAUUCAGAGCCUCGGGUCGUAUAUCCCAAAACAGACGAGCAGCGCCGCAGACUUCAGGAUGCGUGCAGAGACAUUUUACUGUUUAAAACACUGGAGCAGGAGCAGUUCUCUGAGGUUCUGGACGCCAUGUUCGAGGUGUUGGUCAAACCUCAGGAACACAUCAUAGACCAAGGAGAUGAUGGAGACAACUUCUACGUCAUAGAGAAGGGUGUGUAUGAUAUUUUUGUGCAGAAGGACGGAGCAAGCGUGUGUGUUGGAAAGUAUGACAAUAAGGGUAGUUUUGGUGAGCUGGCUCUCAUGUACAACACGCCGCGAGCUGCCACAAUUGUUGCAACACAGGACGGCGCCCUGUGGGGCCUGGAUCGAGCCACAUUUCACAGGCUGAUUGUUAAAAAUAAUGCGAAGAUGAGGAGGAUGUAUGAGGCCUUCAUCGAGUGUGUUCCACUUCUGAAGUCUCUGGAGCUCUCUGAGAGAAUGAAGAUUGUGGAUGUUUUGGGAGCCCGAGCGUUCAAAGACGGAGAGUGCAUAAUUACACAGGGGGAGGAGGCCGACUGUUUCUACAUUGUGGAAUUGGGAGAGGUGAAGAUAAUGAUAAAAAGCAAAACGAAGGCCGGCCAGCAGGAUAACACAGAGGUUGAGGUGGCUCGUUGCUCCAGAGGGCAGUAUUUUGGAGAGCUGGCGCUGGUCACCAACAAACCUCGUGCAGCAUCAGUUUAUGCUGUGGGAGAAACCAAAUGUUUAGUAAUUGACAUCCAGGCUUUUGAGCGUUUGCUGGGACCCUGUAUGGACAUCAUGAAGAGGAACAUUUCCCAGUAUGAAGACCAGCUGGUGGCACUGUUUGGCUCCAGUCUGGAUUUAAAACACUAGGGCCUAUAAUUUCAAAAUAAAGUAAUACAUAAGCCAAACAUAGUGAUAGUGCAUGUAACGCAUGAUUACCUUCCCCUUGAAUAUUCAGUCUUGUUAUGUUCCUUGUAACGAGUUAUGAAUGUUUAGGUUGUGAAUAGGAUAAAUACUGUAUGUUUCUUGUGUGAUAAUUACCCGGAGUAAAUCUAGACUGCAGAAAAGUCUGUGCUUAAAUAUACCUCAUUGGAUAAGUCAGUUUACAGCCGGUGAGCUUCAGUUAAUCUGCUGACAGUACAGUACCGAGCGGACCAUCAUACUGAACCUACCGAGUACCCACUACUCAUGCUCAAACCCCAUUGGCUCACAGAACUGGAGCCUUAGGAGGGAGGGGUUUUUGAGGUUCUCCUGACUUUCCUGAGUUGGAAAUCCUACUUAAGACUACACUAUAAACUCUUUAGGGAAGUGUUUACUGAGGCAAUAAAUCAAGUGGGAAAUAGGGCCAUCUUGUCAUUGACUCCAGUGCAAUCAGGCUUCUUUUUGCAACCAGUGGAGUCGCCCCCUGCUGGCCAUAAGAAAGAAUGCAGGAUUAAGGCACUUCCACAUUGGCUUCAUUUUAAAACCUGGAGGUCCCCACUUUAUCGACCACAAGUCCAUGACCGACUCCUUUUAUACAGCUACUGAUUUAUCAUUUCAUGUGUUGUUCCUUGUCUACUGUAUAUAGGUGUGAUCUUUUGACAUGUGACAGUAGGAAAAGCACAGGUAUAAAUAAUAAAGUUAACGAUGGCUGAAUUUUUUUAGCUGCUUCAGUUUCAGUGUCCUGGUAUUGUGCAUACUGACUCACGGUCAUGGCUCACUGGGCCACUUAAACAGAACAGAGCCGUCAUUCAUACUGUGAUGUGCUUUUCUUACUAUGACAAAAUAAAAUGGCUGCUUUUCUGAA